AUGCGGAUCAUUUUAACUAUCAUAACGCAUACAAUCUUGACGAUUGUAUUAUCUGUUUUGGAAGCUCAAGCAGCAGGAUCGUCACAAGGCAGCGAUCAUAGUCAAAAUCAAAAGCUCGAAGAUGCAAGGAAAGCUAGGGAUGACACGACCUCAAAAAUGAGAGUCAUGGUUCGCGGAAAAGCGUUGAAUUUGAAUAAAGUUCAAGACGUCAAACUUGGCAAAGGAUUGAAAUCCUAUCUUCCAUUCACGGAAGAUUUUACAUAUAGGCGAUUGCAAAAUAAAGAGCGCAAGCAAAGUGAUCGUGUAAGUAAACUUGAACGAGGAACAAAUCUUUCCUCUUCUCAUCAAUCGCCGCAAUCGCAACAUUUGAGUGGUUUCGGAAGCCCUCACAACAGGCAAGGAUCUACAUCACCGGGCAGUCAUGCAGAUGAGCUUCAAUUUCAAAGGUCUCCCAGCGCUUCUUCAAGCGGUUCGUCAAGCGGAGCUAGAAGUCCAAGUCACGGUCGGGAUGAGCGUGAAAAGAUGCUGGUUCAGCUCUCGAAUAAGAAAGGUGAACCUGUUAGACAAGGAGGCAGAGAUGACAAGGGGAAGGGAAAAGCGAUCGCUCGCAGUCCAACUUUGGUACAUAAAGGCUCUUCCUCUGAUUCGGCACAUUCUCUUUCUCAUGGUGGCAGCAGCGAAAGACAUAGAGAGGAAUUAUAUGAAUAUCAAAACAGUCGUUCUUUGCCAGUCGGUCUUGGCCACCAAGGCAGAUCUGGUGGGCUUGGUAGUUUCGCAUUUCACUCUCCUGCACAUUCUGAAUCUGGUAUUAAUAGAGGGGGAGGAGACUCUUUUAGAUCUGCCGGUCGCUCUUCCAGAUCUGGCGCUCAAUCUGUUGGGAGAUCUAGCGUGGGAUCUGGAGGAUCACUUAGAUCCGGUGGGCUAAGUCCAGUGGGCAAAGAUAUCGAGAAGAGAAUAAAGGGUCUUGAAGGAGAUCAUCAAAAGGCACUCCGUGAAAUCUUGGUAAAGGGAACAGGAAUUCGUUCGAGUAAAAAAGUGCUUGAGAAGGAGGAGAAAAUCGCAGAAAUUGAUCAAGAGUUAUACAAGAAACAUCGUCCUGCACCACUAAGUGCUGCGAUGAAAUACGUUCCUCAUACACACGAGUGGGACAGGAGAAAAGCUAUGGCUUCACAUGAUAAACAUUUACGACGAAUGGAAGAUGUAGUAAGUGAUGUGAGCCUGCAUGCGCAAGAAGGAAAGAUGAAAUUGGACGUGCUUACGGAUAUCAGUAAAAAUGUUGAUGAACAAAACCGACAUCGAAUGAUGAUGAAGCAAGAAAAGGCACAAACUCCCAAAUCUAAAAGACUUCCACCAUUACAUCCCUAA